AUGUCCCUCUUCCAUUUUCUUUCCUCUCUAACACCCUCAUUAUAUUUCUUUCUCUAUAUGUCCAUCUUAUUCUCUUUCCUCUCUACCUCUCCUUAUUCUCUUUCCUCUCUAUAUUCUCCUCUUAUUCUCUUUCCUCUCUACACUCUCCCUCAUAUUCUCUUUCCUCUCUACACCCCUCCCAUGUUCUCUUUCCUCCCUACCUCUCCACGCCUUCUUUCCUCCCUACACUCUCCUCCUUAUUCUCUUUCCCCUCUAUAUUCUCCUCAUAUUUCUUUCCUCUCUACCUCUCCUCGUGUUCUCCUCUCUACACUCUCCUCAUAUUCUCUUUCCUCCUACACCCCUCCUGUAUUCUCUUUUCCUCUCUACACUCUCCUCUAUUCUCUUUCCUCUCUACACCCUCCUCAUAUUCUCUUUCCUCUACACUCUCCUCCUUAUUCUCUUUCCUCUCUACCUCUCCCUGCCCUUCUCUUUCCCUCUACACCCCUCCUCAUAUUCUCUUUCCUCUCUACACCCUCUCAUAUUCUCUCUUUCCUCUUUACACUCUCCCUCAUAUUCUCUUUCCUCUCUCACCUCUCCUCAUAUUCUCUUUCCCUCUCUAUUCUCCACAUAUUCUCUUUCCUCCCACACCUCCUCACAUUCUUUCCUCCCACACCUCCCUACACCCUCCCCAUAUUCUCUUUUCCUCUCUCCCCACCUCUCCUCCUUUCUCCUCAUUCCCUCUCCCCACCCCUCCCUCAUAUUCUCUUUCCCUCUACACUCUCCUCACAUUCUCUUUCCUCUCACACCCUCCCCCAUAUUCUCUUUCCUCUCUAUUCUCUUCUCCCCACACACUCCUCAUAUAUUCUCUUUCCUCACACCCCUCCUCAUAUUCUCUUUCCUCUCCCCACUUCCCUCCACUCUCCCCUUAUUCUCUUUCCUCUCCACACCUCCUCAUAUUCUCCCCUUUUCUCUCCCCACACCCUCCUCCCCAUAUUCUUUCCUCCCUCAUACACCCUCCUCACAUUCUCUUUCCUCUCUACACUCUCCUCAUAUUUCUCUUUCUCCUCAUAUUCCCCUUCCCCACACCUCCUCAUAUUCCCUUUCCUCCCCACACUCUCUCCUCAUAUUAUUCUUUCCUCUCUACACCCUCCACAUAUUCUCUUUCCUCUCUACACUCUCCUCAUAUUCUCUUUCCUCUCUACACUCUCCUCAUAUUCUCUUUCCUCUCUACACUCUCCUCAUAUUCUCUUUCCUCUCUACACCCUCCUCAUAUUCUCUUUCCUCUCUACACUCUCCACAUAUUCUCUUUCCUCUCUACACCCUCCUCAUAUUCUCUUUCCUCUCUACACCCUCCUCAUAUUCUCUUUCCUCUCUACACUCUCCUCAUAUUCUCUUUCCUCUCUACACUCUCCUCAUAUUCUCUUUCCUCUCUACACCCCUCCUAUUCUCACCCCUCCUCCUCAUAUUCUCUUUCCUCUCUACACCCCUCCUCUUAUUCUCUUUCCUCUCUACACUCUCUCCUCUUAUUCUCUUUCCUCUCUACACUCUCCCAUAUUCUCUUUCCUCUCUACACUCUCCACAUAUUCUCUUUCCUCUCUACCUCUCCUCAUAUUCUCUUUCCUCUCUACAUUCUCCUCAUAUUCUCUUUCCUCUCUACCUCUUCUCCUCAUAUUCUCUUCCUCUACACCUCUCCUCAUAUUCUCUUUCCUCCCAUACACCUCCCUCAUAUUCUCUUUCCUCCCCACACCUCCUCAUAUUCUCUUUCCUCCUAUAUUCUCCACAUAUUCUCUUUCCUCCCCACAUUCUCCUCAUAUUCCCUCUUUCCUCCCCACACUCUCCUCUCAUAUUCUCUUUCCCUCUCACACUCUCCUCUAUUCUUUUUCCUCUCCCACACCCUCCUCAUAUUCUCUUUCCUCUACACCUCCUCCUUACAUUCUCUUUCCUCUCUACACUCUCUUCAUAUUCUCUUUCCCUCUACCUCUCUUCAUAUUCUCUUUCCUCUCUACACCCUCCUCAUAUUCUCUUUCAUCAUCAUCUUUUUUCUAUUUUCUUUUCUGUCUUCUUCUCUCCAUCCUCCUAUUCUGUUUCAUUUUCUUCGUCUCUCCCUCUCCUUAUCUCUUUCUUCUAUUUAUCUUCUAUUUCCUUUUACAAAUCUCCCCUCCCUUUUCCUGUUCUCUUUUAUCGUUAUCAUCUUCUACUUUCCUUUUCCGCCUUCUCCUCGCUUUCCGCCUAUUCUUUCUUAUUGUUGUCUUCUUCGAUUUCCUUUUCUCUUUUCUCCUCUCCCUCCUAUUAUUCUCUUUCUUUGUUAUCUUCUUCUAUUUCCUUUUCCAACAUCUCCUCACCCUAAUCCUCUUCUCUUUCAUCGGUAUCUUCUUCUACUUCCUUUUCCGCAUACUCCUCUCCCCUUUCCUGUUCUCUUUCAUCGUCAUCUUCUUCCAUUUCCUUUCACUCUCCUCCUAUUCUCUUUAUCUUUACCUUUAUCUGUUAUUUUUCUUUUUUCUUCCUUACAUUGUUUUCUUUUGUUCCCCCACCGCCACCUCUUUUUACAUCCUCUCUCUGUCUCUCUCUUUCUCUCUUUGUCUCUCUGUCUCUCUCUCCCUCUCUCUCUCUCUCUCACACACACACACAACACACACACAUACAUCCACUUUUGUUCUCUCUCCCUUUUUUUCAUUCCCCGAGAUCGACUCUUGCAUAAAUUCUCAAUUCCCACCACCCACCAUCCCGGCCUAG